CACCCAUCAUGGCACCAAAGGGCAACUCAAAAGCAGCAGCCGGCCGAGCCCGCAAGGAGGACGCCGCCAACGCAAAGGCAGCUGCAGCUAACGCCAAGGCCGAGGAAGCAGAAGCGGCAAAGUGGGAGCAAGGAGCAAAAGGUCGCUCCAAGGCGGACGACAAAGCAUCAAAGGCAGCCGCAGCAGCAGCAAAGAAGGCUGAGCUUGACCGUCUCAAGCAGGAGGACGAGGCAGACCUGCCCAAGACGGUCAAGGCAAAGGGAGGAGCUGGAGGAGGUAAAGCAGCCAAGUCUGCGCCUGCCAAGUCUGCAGGGCCUCCCUCAGGCUUGGAUGAUGCCAUUCAAAGCUUCAGUGCGAGCAAUAUCGAUGACGCCAUUGGCGCGUUGAGUCUGACGGGGGAGAGUACGGCCAAGGAUAAGGUCGGGGCUAAGGCUGGGAUGAUUGACGCGCAUCCCGAGAGGAGAUUCAAGGCCGCCUUUGAAGCGUACAAAGAGGCAGAGAUGCCCCGCAUCCGUCAGGAGCGACCAGGACUGCGCAAGCAGCAGUAUGAGAAUGAGCUCUUCGAGGAGUUCAAGAAGUCGCCUUCAAACCCCUUCAACCAGAUCAACGUUAGCUAUAAUGCUAGCCAGGAGGAGAAGGUGGCCGCAUUGCAGAAGCAGAGGGAUACCUUGGCCAAGAGGUUGGCAGAUUGA